UUUCGUGUAUAUAAGGAGAUUUCCACAGCAGGAAGGCACAUUGCCUUGCCUGACUUCAAAAUGGCUAUUUUCAAGAUCGCUCUUGCUAUCGCUCUCCUUGCCACCUGCGUCUUGGGUGGUCAUCUCUAUGGAGGUCAUGGAGGAGGUAUCAUUGGCGGCCAUGGAGGCAUUGGAGGUAUUGGAGGCAUUGGCGGAGGAUUUGGACAUGGCGGAGGUUUUGGAGGAGGCGCAGGGCAUGUGGUUUCAAUCACUCCGGGUAUUGGAGGACUUGUAAGUUCUUCCGUAAGUCAUGGAGGACCUGGCCUUGGCCAUGGCAUCGGUGGAGGUCAUGGAAUCGGUGGAGGCUCAGUCAUUGGAGGACAUGGAGGUUCCAUCAUCGGAGGAUCCGGUCUUUAUGGCAAAUGGUAGCUGUAAGAAAUCUGAAGAUACAUUUACCACUAGAAACGUUUCGUCAUUAUUAUAGAUAAAUAAAUAACAAACUACGGUC